UGUAACCACGAAUCACAUGUCCAGAAUUCGUGAUGUACUCCAUCACGUUGAUCUGGAUGCUCUGGAGCGGGUAUCAUCGACGAACAACGAGGAACAACCGGACAGAGGGGGGAUCAAGGUGGAUCUAUAAGGACUUGGGGCUGACCUCCACCGUGUUCAUUUCAAGUCCGGCCUUCUGAUCGUUCGUGGGUGACAACCCUGCUGCUGUUUUCGACGUCUUCCAAUCACGUUCAGUAUCGUUAACAAAUUUUUCACUUCUUGUUAACAAAUUUUUGAGAAAUGAAGAUGAAUGCUGUGACGGCUGUGUUGGUCCUUGCGACGAUCUUCUCUGCGACGUCCGCUCGGGAAUUGCCUGACUUUCUCCACGUCUGCCAAAGAAAGGAUCCAAACCUAGGCGAGUGCAUCAAAAACAGCGUGGAAAGCUUUAAACCCUACUUGCACAAAGGAUUACCAGAGUACAACAUACCAACUUUGGAGCCAUUGUUCCUGCAGGAAGUGGUAGCCACCUCUGGCGCGAAUAUCAAAUUGAAUUUGAUGAACGUUCGUGUCCACGGUGCAAGCAACUUCAACGUCGUCAAACUAAAGGCCAACGCAGACACCCUACGUUUCCUAAUCGAACUGGACCUCCCAAUGCUCACCAUAGACAGCGACUACGAAAUCGACGGAAAAAUCCUCCUCCUCCGAAUCCAAGGAACCGGUCCCCUCACCGGAAACUUCACGAACUGCAAAGGAUUAGUUAAGAUCCAAGGCGACCUUGUCAAAGGACCCGACGGUCAGACCUACAUGAAAAUAGUCGACUUGAAGACGAAAAUUGCGGUAGGCGGCGGAUCUCUGAAGCUCGACAACCUGUUCGGUGGUGACCCAGUCCUGGGAGAAGCUGUCAACUCCGCCAUCAACAGCAAUUUCGACACCUUCAUCGACGAAUUGAAACCUGCACUCGAAACUGGAAUUUCUGACACGUUCAUCAAAAUUGCCAACAGCAUUCUAUUGCAGUUCACGUAUGAGGUGCUCUUCCCGCUUUCCUAAAGAAGUUUAUUGGAUUUGAGGAAGUGAUUCGAGUUUUGUAAAACUUGUUGAUAGAACUGAUUUUUGGUCUUUAAUUUCCUGCUGUUGAUGAGAUUUGUUUGUUAGAGAUUAUUGAGAUAGAAAUGUUUGCAAGUGUAAUUAAUGUGGAUGUAGUAAUAUUCUUGUUGGGCAGAAAAGGGGCAGGAUUUGCCCUGGGCAAGUAUCUGGAUCCUUAGGAAGCUUUAUUUGGUCAAAGAUGAAAAUUAUAUUCAAUUAAGUUUUAGGUUGGGUUUGAAUAAAUUUUGAUGGAAGACAAAGUUUAAGUUUUAG